CGAAUGUAUUCGGCUGUCUAAAGGUAACUUGAGAUUGUAAUUUACGUGUGCCAUUUUGGAAUAUGGACUGUAUUUGUUCCAUUAAUGGUUAAUAUAAACUCAAGGUUGUUUCCUGUCAAUCAAAAAAAAUUGCAAAUGGCGUGGAUGUUAUUUCAUGUGGUGUGUUUAAUCUUCUUUGGGGAAGUUUCCUCGGUGUAUUUCGAAUGUAGAAGAAUAGGCACGACGUGUCGCAAUGGCGGAGUUUGUGUCGAGACCAAACCAGAGUGUGCUUGUGGAACACGUGAUGUUUUUGUCGGCCAUGACUGCUCUCUAAAAGUAGACGAUGUAGCGUUGCCGCAAGAAUUAUGUGAUCCACUGUGUAAAAAUGGCGGUGUAUGUCGAUCCAUACCAGGCGGUUUCUUCAAUUGUUAUUGCAAUGCAGCAUUUUUUGGUAAAGACUGUUCCCAGAAGCGAGGGACAGUGAAAUGUGCUGGUGACAGAAUGACAGUAGAAAUGACACCAUUUCCACCCUUUGAUGGUCGAGUAUUUGUCAGGGGGAAAGAAAAUGAUCCAAACUGCAGGUUUACUAGGGUGUAUGGAACUUACUCGGCAACAUUUUUAUUUAACGGACCUUGUUCAGUUGAAAAGAUGCGGGAUACACCUACGCCAGGGGAUGAAACAUACAAAGUAGAAAUAACAGUACUACACAGUCAAACAAUACAGACCAAAUACGACAUGUUAUUUACAGGUUUAUGUGUCCAUUCUGGUACGGGUAGCAAUAAUAUUGGAGAUCAAACUAGCAAUAUCGGUGACAAACCAGGAGGACCAGAUGAAACAACCAGCUCCAACUAUCAACCAGUUGUAUUUGAAUUACAGACCGUGUCUGGAUCUAAUAUUGUUCCUCCAGUAUUUAUUGGUACAGAACUACGAUUAUAUUUCGCCCUAUACGAUACAGGAAAAUACAAGAAAAUCUAUAUUGCUGAUUGUGUAGCUUUGAAUGGACUGACUGGACGAGAUCUUCGGUCUUUAACUAUGGUGAAAGAUGGAUGUCCAACAGAUGAAGGAAGAAGUGUAGUUAUGGGACAAUUAGUUUAUGAUCUAAUCACUCCAUCAGUAGUGGUCAAUUUUAAAGUAUUCAAAUUCGUUAAUUCUGAUACUUUAUCGUUUCAAUGUAACAUUCGUGUAUGUACAGCCAGUGAAACAGAUUGUAAUCCUCCGCAAUUUUGUCGACCAUCAAAAAAUUCUAUUCGAGGGAAAAGACACAUACAUCUUCAUUCUAGAGAGUUUACCCUGUCUUCCAACAAUUUCUUUGUUAAAGAACCUUUAAAUCGAACCCAUACUCAACGAAUAGUGAAAAUUGAUUCAGGUUCAGAUUCAGAUUCAGAUAUCGUCUUGGCUGAUCCAGAAAGUUGUUUAGAAACAAAGGGAAUGAUGACGACAGUAAUCGUUCUUGCUAUUGUGGUGGAUUACAAUAUGUUAUUAUUGGGAUUAUCAUUUUUAAUAACUAUUUAUAGUGUUGUGAGUCAAAGAUGUCCAUAUGGAUGGUUCCAUCGUCCUGGAAGUCAGUCCUGUUACUUGAUAACUCACGAUGAUGUACCUUAUACUUGGAAUGACGCUCAGAAUAGAUGUACAUCAUUUCAAGGAGCUCUGGUCAAAAUAAAUACACAAGAUGAAAAGGAUUGGUUAAUCUCCCAAUUAAAUAAAAUACAGCAACUAUUUAACAGUAGUAAAACAGCUACCAAGGUCACUGAAUGGUGGAUCGGACUUACUAAUAGACAAGAUAGUAAUGACUUUGUAUGGACAGAUGGUACUCAGAUGAACACAAGUUUGAUAACUUUCAACACUGAGUCAGAAACUGAUAAGCAAGUUUGCGUAAGAAUUCAAAAUCUGGAUUUUAAUGCUGUAAAGUGUACAUUAUGGAGACACUUUAUUUGUGAAAGAUCGAAAGAUAUACCAUUAAAAUGUGAAAUUGAUGAAGGUUGGACGAGUUUAAAUGAUAAAUGUUAUAAAGUAUUUGAUUAUAAAAGAACCUACAAGAGAGCAGAUGUAAAAUGCCAACUUUCUGAUGCUACAUUAGCUACUAUUCCGGACGACUCAACGCAGACGUUUAUCUGGGGACUUGUUAAGAAGUAUGGGGCUAAUAUUUGGAUCGGUUUGUCCACUGUGAUGCAAGGUGAACAGUACAAGUGGCAAUGGAUCAAUGGAACAGAUUUAAUAGCUGAUAAAGCGUACUGGAAAGAUGGUUCACCAACUCAAGCAUCUUUACAACAGUCCAAUGGAUCUUGUGUUCAGAUGUUAACUGGACCGACCAUAAAAAGAAAGCUGUCCUGGCAAACCAAUGAUUGCUACGAUAGUAUGGGGUUUGUUUGCCAAAAACCACAAGGUGUUUGUGAACCAGGGUGGUUGAUACACCAGAGCAACUGUUACCAGAUCAACACUAGACCUAUACUGUCUUGGGACAGAGCUAACGCUUACUGUACAGCUCAAAGAGGAACAUUACUCAAAAUAAAUUCUGCUGCUGACCAACUGUACGUAAAUGAUAAUAUAUUGAGUACUCUUAAACCUGGUUCUGGUGGCCUCUGGUUUGGAGCUGUAGAUGAUGGUAAAAACGGUCCUUUCAAAUGGAGUGAUGGUAUGGAUAUUCCUAAAGCUAACAAGAAUUGGGCUAAUGCCUACCCUACCAAUAUAGUAGACAAGAGAGACUGUGGUUAUAUCGACAAUAAUGAUGUUAAUGGAAAAUGGCAAACAUCAACUGACUGCUCCCAACCACGGGCCUUUGUGUGCCAGAUUCCUGUUAAUCAAAGAGUCCGAAAAGUUACCAUUCCUCCGGAAACCUUUACCUGUACAGAUGGAUGGAGUGUGUUUGGACAGUAUUGUUAUAUGUUUAAUGAUACAGAUAUAAGUUGGCCGAAUGCUAGAGCUGCUUGUCAGUCUGUUGGUGCUGAUUUAAUACGUAUUGAUAAUGUCGAUUUGCAGUCAUUUAUUACUGAUGAAGUAAGGAAGAAUAGAGGGAAUUAUUGGAUUGGUUUACAUGACAGACCUGCCGAGGGAAAAUAUGUCUGGCUUGAUGAGAAAACUGAGGAUGUUUUCAAUAACUGGGCGCCUGGUCAACCUAACAAUGUUGGUGGUAAUGAAAAUUGUAUAUAUGUUGCUGGAACACGAGGCAACGAGAAAAUGGGAAAAUGGUAUGAUUAUCGAUGCAACAUGAAACUGAAUUUUAUUUGCCAAAAACCUUCAGAUAACUCUGGAUUUACAACACCUACACCAACCAUGGCAUCUUUGUUUAAUCCUAAAUGUGGUUUAUUUUGGGAGGAUAAUCCUCAUUCACCAUAUUGUUACCAGUUUCAAGAAGAACUGUUAUCAUGGUAUGAUGCUUCAGAUACUUGUAAAAAUCGAGGUGGAAAGCUAGCCAGUAUAACAUCUAUACAAGAACAAUAUUAUAUUUCUGGUCGUAUAAAGGGUAUGAGAGCAAUGAGUAUGUGGCUAGGUGCCAGUGAUACAAGUUUAAAAGGAGGGUGGAAGUGGAAUGAUGGUUCGCCGUUUGCUUUCCUCAACUGGGAUGCAGGAGAACCAAACAAUAAGCGAAGUAAAGAAAAUUGUGCUUCAAUGUUUGUUUAUACCGCUAGAUGGGUAGAUUAUGAUUGUAAUAGACGAAGUGGUUAUAUCUGUAAGAAAAUGGGCUCAGUAGCAAGAGCAACAACCACAUUGACUCCAACAGAACCGACAAACAUACCAGAUGGGAAAUAUUAUGGCUGCUCACCAGGUUAUAAGGAAUACAGACAAUCUUGUUAUUUGACUGUAAGAGAUGCCAAGACCUGGUUAGAAUCCAGAGAUUAUUGUCGACGUAACGGUGGCGAUUUAGUCAGUAUUGCUGAUCUGGAAGAAAAUAAUUUUAUAUUUAGUCAGUCACCUGCCUAUUCUUGUGAAAAUGUCCACCUCAAUGACACAGAGUGUGAGUCCUGGGCGAAAAGAGGGGAAUGUAAAAAGAAUCCUAUUUGGAUGUCGAAGAAUUGUCGACGUGAUUGUAACAUGUGUAAUAAGAAAUGUGAAGACAAACACAGAUAUUGUGCGUAUUGGGCCAAAACGAACGAAUGCACCAAGAAUCCAAGCUACAUGUUAAUCAACUGUACUCAGUCUUGUCAAGUUUGUGAUGGAGGUGAAUCAGAUGCUCUAUGGAUUGGACUGAACGAUAGGACUUCAACCAUGAUAACCAGAAAGUUCAUGUGGACUGAUGGAUCACCUAUCACAUAUACCAACUGGGACAAUGGAGAACCUAAUAAUUAUCAGGGGAAACGUGAAAACUGCGUAAAAAUGUAUACCAACAAAGCCAUUUCACCAGGAGUAUGGUCUGACGACGAUUGUGAUACACCAUUAAAUGGUUUUAUUUGUAAAACAAAGAAAUCUAUCCAAGAUGCUGUUACAACCAACCCUCUAUCCAGUGGUUGUCCUGAUGGCCAAAUUGGUUAUCAUUCAAAGUGUUAUAAUUUCGUUUCAACGCCAUUAACAUGGCAAAAUGCUGAGAAGAAAUGUGUAAUGUCAUCAGGAAAUGAGCGAUCCACAUGUGUUGGUAUGAAUACAAGUCAUCCAAUUGGUUUAUGGACGAAUGCAAACUGCAGUCAAUCCAAACCCUAUAUUUGCGAAUCGUUACGAGAAGGUUUCACCACACCGGAAGUAACAACUGUUCCAACAACUGCAUUCCACAUUUCGUGUCCUACUGGAUGGUCCGAAUAUCUGGACAAUUGCUAUAAGAGUUUCACCAACAGGAAAACCUGGUUAGAUGCCAGACAGUAUUGUUUAAAUAUUGGUGGAGACCUGGCUAGUAUACACAAUGCUACAGCCCAAGAUGUCAUUAAAUUGACCUUCAACAGAUUUCAAUACAGAUCUUCAUAUUGGAUUGGACUAAAUGACAAGGCAACUGAAGGCAAGCAUGAAUGGACUGAUGGUACACCGGUAGAAUUUACCAGCUGGGGUAAAGAUGAACCCAAUGAUGUGAGUGGUAGAGAAGAUUGUGUUGAGGUGUCACAAUAUGGAAUGAAAUGGAAUGAUAACAAUUGUUACUUACUGAAAAAUUUCAUCUGUAUGAUCGAAAGAGGACAAAACAUAAGUUUAACAACUCCUCAACCGGUUAGCACAGAAGCUCCUGUAGCAUGUGCUGAUAAAGAUUGGGUGUAUUUCAAUGGUUCUUGUUAUUAUACUAGUCCAGCUUAUGGUCGAGACUCGUCGAAAUCUUGGUAUGAUGCUGAUAGAUUCUGUCAAGAUAAAGGAGGACACCUUACCAGUAUCCUUUCAGAAGAAGAAGACAAUUUUCUUCUCGCCAGGCUUGCAGCUAGGUCAACCGCUGGAGUCACUGUUUGGAUUGGUUUGAAUGAUCUGGAUGGUUCUUACAAGUGGACAGACGGAAGUUUGGUUCAGUAUAAAUCAUGGGGAAGAGGCGAACCAAAUGAUGCUUAUGGUGGUCAGAGGUGUAUCAACUUCUAUAGUUUAUCGGGAGAUUGGAAUGACGAUAAUUGUAUGGAUAGUUUUGGAUUUAUCUGUAAAAAGUUGAAUUUAUCCUCGAGUGUAGCUCCAACAACACCUGAGCCUAUUAUAGAUGGCGGUUGUCCUACAAACUUCAGAGCACCUGAUUACUCCAAUAAGUGUUUCUAUGUUGGCGGAUUAACUACUAGUGGAGCUCAACAGUGGGAAGUAGCCAGAAACAUGUGUAGAUCAUUAGGUCAUGGUUCAGAUUUAGCUACCAUUGGUAACAGUAAUGAACAAGCUUUUGUAGUAACUCUGUUAAGAAACACAGUAAAAACUGGAAUGUGGAUUGGACUGUUUGAUAAACAUAUUAAUGGAAAGUAUACGUGGUCUGAUAACAGUGAAUUAACCUAUACCAACUGGGGACCAGGAGAACCUAGUGAUCAUUGGUCUUACAGUAGAUUCAACAGGGAAGACUGUGUCGAGAUUCAUUUAGAAGAUGGUAGAGUCGGAACCUGGAAUGAUCAGAAAUGUCUGGAUAAAAGACCUUACCUAUGUCAAUCUAAAAGAGAUACAAGAAUACCAAAGGUACCACCCACUUCAACAAUAGUCUGUCCAUCAGGAUAUAUCAGCUAUGGAACCAGUUGUUAUAAACUUGUCAAUCAACCAAAAACUUGGCAAGACGCCCAGAAACUAUGCCGAUCGGAUGGAGCAACGUCAAAUUUGGCAUCAACAUUUUCAAUGUAUGAACAAGCUUUUAUGGAAGUUUUAACCUACUCUUUGAAGUCGCCAUAUUGGAUUGGAUUAUCAGACCAAAAGGAGAAAGGGGUUUAUAAUUGGGUUGAUGGUUGGCCAACGUCCUUUUCUUACUGGGGUGACAAUGAACCAUCUAAAGCGGACGGAGAAGGUUGUGUUGCAGUAAUGAAUGGAAAAUGGAAUGAUACAUUAUGUAAUUCCUCAUAUCCAUUUAUUUGUAUGAUUAACACUGCUCCACCACCUCCAACCACACCAAUGCCCACUGGUAGAUGCGCAGAUCCAACAUGGACGAUGUUUGGCGACUUUUGUUACUUUGCUGAUUUUUUGAACAGUAGAUCAUGGCCAGAAGCUCGCUACAUUUGUCAAUCACGCGGAGCGGAACUGUUAAGCAUACAUAACAAAGAAGAGUUAUCGUUCGUGAAGCAGUUAGCUCAUUCGCAGACUUUUACAACAAGGCGGUCAUUAUUCUACCGUACUUCGUCUGUAGCUAAUAAAAUAUGGAUUGGAUUAUACAAGGUGGCGAAUGGAGGGUUCCAAUGGAGUGAUAAAUCACCAGCUCUGUUUUUAAACUGGGCCACUGGUGAACCUUCUGAUACUGAUGCCAAGUUACAUGAAAAUUGUGUAGAACUUUACAGAGAUUCUGGAGUAUGGAAUGAUGUGGAUUGUUUUGGUAAUAAGGCGUACAUCUGUAAAGCCAAGAAAAUUGUCAUGACCACAACAACAACAACUACACCAACACCACCAACUACAACAACAGCUAAAUCAACAGCAACUGGUGAUUUAGUUACAGUUGACAAUAAUCAACGAAAUCUACCGACAUCACUCCCUGUCCGUCGGAAUCCCAUAGGAACUUCAAGUGGGUUAUCUGGAGGAGAAAUUGCUGGAAUAGUUAUUGGAGUUGUAGGAUGUGCAAUAAUCGUUGUAGUAUUCCUUAUUAUAGUCAAAAGGCAACGCAGUGCCAAAAGUAUUCCGUCGAUGGAAUCCGUAGGAUUUGAUAAUGCUUUAUACAGUAAAUCAGCAAGUGAUAUAGACACAGAUAACAGUGAAAUACAAUCACAAAGUGGUGUUAUCAAAAUAGGACAAAUUAAUUAG